AUGUCAGAAGCUCUGCUGAGGACGGUUGAGACCAGAGAUGAGAGCACUGAGACAGUUCGGGGCCCUCACCCAUACCUCUCGGGCAACUUUGCCCCCAUCAAGCAGACGAGACCGUUGACAGUAUGCGACUAUACUGGGGAGAUACCUCGGGAGCUCGCUGGCGGGCAAUAUGUGCGCAAUGGGGGAAACCCGACCACCAACGAAGACUUGGGAAGAGAUGCGCAUUGGUUUGACGGCGAUGGGAUGCUCAGUGGUGUUCUAUUCCAUAGGACGGGAGAGAAGGGGACGGAGAUCCAGCCUCAAUUCGCGAACCAGUUCGUCCUGACAGAUGUUUUUCUCAACGCGAAAGACAACAAGAAUCUUAAGCGGCCACUGCUACCCAGCAUUGCCACAUUGGUCAGCGCCACGUUCGCGACAAUUGUCUUUGUGGUAUUUCGAACACUGUUCCUGGUCGCUUUGUCGUGCCUGCCGGGAUCCAGAAGACGGGUGAAGAAGAUCAGCGUCGCCAAUACCGGGGUCGUCUUUCACGAUGGCAGGGCGCUGGCAACGUGCGAGAGCGGCCCUCCCAUGAGGUUCCAGCUCCCAAGCCUGGAGACUGUAGGAUGGUUCAAUGGUCGGAAAGCUGAAAACGAGCCGGGCAAAGACACUCGAGCAGGAUUCGGAGGAGAGUCGUCCAUCGCCUUCAUGAAGGAGUGGACUACCGGCCACCCUCGGGUCGACCCUGCCACGGGCGAACUGAUUUCAUUUCACGCAGUGUUUAUAAAGCCGUUCGUGUAUUACUCGAUUGUGCCGCCGAGCAAACCCAUCAGCAAGUCUGCACCCAUUCUCGGACCUCAUUUCGACGUACCAGUCCCAGGUGUGAGCUCGCCGAAGAUGAUGCACGACUUUGGCGUUUCGGCUCGCUACACGGUCAUCAUGGAUCUCCCUCUGUCUUUGAAUCCAAUGAACAGCCUAGCAGGUAGACCUGUUGUUUCAUACGACCCAACUGAACGUUCGCGCUUUGGGGUGUUUCCUCGAUACGAGCCGCACAACAUCCAGUGGUUCGAGACAAACGCAUGUGUUAUCUUCCACACGGCCAACUGCUGGGAGACGACGAGACUGGACCCAGUACCCGAGGUUUGCGUUCACCUGCUUGCCAGUCGCCUGACAUCGGCAUCUGUGGUGUACAGUGCCGGUGCCCUAGCACCCCCUAUCCCGAAGCCGGUGCCCCCUGAGUACGUCGAAGAGGAGCAGUGCCGGCUCUACUACUUCAGCUUCCCGCUCAGCAGCGGCACGGACCGACCCAUGAUUCGAAAUCAAUGGGCGUUGUCGGCCAUUCCUUUUGAAUUUCCUGCGCUGUCCCCUGCAUAUGCGAUGGCCUCAGCACGUUACGUCUACGGGUGCAGUACAGGGUCGUCAUCGUACUACUCGGCAGCUCUCGGAAAGGCGGCCAAGAUCGAUUACCUGGCGAAAAUAGACGCCCAAACGUUGAUCGCCCGGGGCAUUGCGCACCCGCCCCAGCAGAUCAAGGGAUGCGUCGACACACGAAGCAUAGACCAUAUUAUGCACAGCAGCGAUCCCGACGACCCGGUCAAGCUGUUCAAGCUGCCCGAUGGCUGGUUUGCCCAAGAGCCCCAGUUCGUACCUCGGGCCGAUGGCGCCAGCGAGGACGAUGGAUGGCUCCUGACGUAUGUAUUCGAUGAAUCACAGCUAGAUGAGAGCGGCGAGUGUGGAGCGGACGCGAUCAGUGAGCUCUGGGUUAUCGACGCCAAGACUAUGAAGGAUGUCGUGGCGCGGGUAAAGCUGCCACAGAGGGUACCGUAUGGGCUACACGGUGCAUGGUUCGACGAGGGCAAGAUCAAGGGGCAAAAGCCUUUUGACUGUGCCCGACGCGAAGUAUCCAGGACGGAGCUGGACGAGAAAAGUCCUUUAGCAAUUGACUUCUGCGAUAGUCAGCCGAAGCUGCUGUCUCCAAAUUGCUUCUGCAAGACCACAGCGACCACCGAUGUCCAUGAACACAACCACACCGCAACCUGGCAGCCGCUCUAUGGCGAUACACCGGCCAUGGAGUUGAUCCCGUACACCUCACGAGAGGGCCGUGAGAUUGUUCUACGGCACCGCAACGCUCUCGUCGUGCGAGACCCCUCGUCACAGCGUCUCGAGAUCCGAGGCCUGUCUCUGACGGAAUGCCCCACCUGCCAUCAGCCGCUGCGGACGCGGUCCUCGUCGCCAGAACGCCAUUUCGAUAUUCCGCCGCGCGACGAGUCGUAUGUCGACCCAAACUACUUCCGCAUGCUGCGGGCGGCUCCCCACGAGGAGCAUCGCACGCCGCCGAGCCCCGUCCGACGGCUGACGCAGCCUACACUGCCCAUCGGUGAUGGCGCCAGCGCCGCGAGCUCGAGAGUCGAGGAGGUCAGCGACGCCGAGUUCCUUUCGAGCUCUCCGGCGCCGCAGGAGGGCGCACGCAUACGGAGAGAAGCGUUCAGCCCGAACUACUUCAAGACCUUCUUUGUCGAGGAGCAGGAGCUGGGCCGGGGCGGAAAGGGCGUCGUGCUGCUUGUGCGCCACGAAAUCGACGGCUGCCACCUGGGCCACUUCGCUUGCAAGAGGGUACCGGUCGGCGACGAUCAUGCCUGGUUGGAGAAGGUCUUGAUUGAGGUCGAGCUGCUUGCCAAGCUCUCCCACCCGAACCUCGUCUCAUACAGGCACGUCUGGCUGGAGGAUGUCAAGCUUCACCGGUUCGGGCCGAGUGUGGCAUGUGCCUUCAUUCUCCAGCAGUACUGCAACAGCGGCGACCUGCUGCGCUACGUGGUUGGCGAACUGCCCAAGGAGACGACCAAGGAGCAGCUCAAGGCGCAGAUGCGGCGGCGAUCCAAGGGCCACGCUGAGCGGCCCGACCUCUAUGCCUCACAGCGGCGCCUGUCAUUCGAGGAGAUAUACUCGCUGUUCCGGGACAUUGUAUCAGGGCUUGCCUAUCUGCACGGCGCAAACUAUAUCCAUAGGGAUCUCAAGCCUAGCAAUUGUCUACUACACAGCGAGGGUGGAAAGCUCACGUGCUUGAUCAGCGAUUUUGGGGAGGUGCAACCAGAGAAUGCAGUCAGGAAGUCGACGGGUACAACGGGCACCAUAUCCUACUGUGCCCCCGAAGUGCUCACAGCGGAUGCUUUUGGGCAAUUCGGCAACUUUACCACAAAGUCCGACGUCUUUUCGCUGGGCAUGAUUCUCUACUUUCUGUGUUUCAGCCGGCUGCCCUACCGAAAUGCCAACACGGUGCAGGAGGAACUGGAGGACAUCGACCUGCUUCGUGCCGAGAUUACAGACUGGAAAGGGUUCCAGGAAGAGAGGAGAGUGCGCCCUGAUCUCCCGCCAAAGCUCUAUCACCUCCUCAAGUGGAUGCUGGCUCUCGACCCAGCACAACGGCCCACGGCUACAGAAGUUCUGACUGGGAUGAACCACGAAUCACAUUUGGGUGGCCUACGCAGAGACUCGAGAGCCAACAACAGCCCUCCGCUGGGUUUGCACGAGCACAGGAUCCAGAACUUGGACUCGCCUAUGCCACCGUCCACGCCUGUAGUCGACCCACUCAAGCACCAUUACAGGGAUCUGCCUGCCGAGCGAGCGGCAUCGCCCGACGAUCUUGCGUCCACCCUCCCAGAUCACCUACAUCGCACCACCCUCCAGAGCGGUCUGCAGCAGCAUUCAAACCCCGGCAGUCCUCGCCGAAGGCACGUUAUGACGUUGUCUCGAAGCCAGGACGGAACCAUCCCCUCUUCAUUGUCUCUUCCAGACAGCGACGAUGUACUCACACCCCAUGCCUCUCCCCCGCUUCUGAUGCCCCCGCCAACUACCUUCUGGGGCGACAUGCAACACAGGAGAGAGAUCACACAGCAUCACAUAUUGCGUUUCUAUCAUGACAACAUUGACGGGAUCGUCUUCCUAUCACGACUGGGUCUCUUUCUGAUAAAGAUGGCCUCAUUGGCCAGGAUAUGUUGGCCCUUUAUGGUGCGCCUCGAGAUGGGUGCGCCCCUUAUUGGCAUUGCAGCCAUAGAUCUCGGCAUGCCACACAAGGAUGGCCUCGUGGUACCGUACCAAGGUGGGCCGCGUAUGCGCCGGCGUUCGGGUUCGUCCCGAUGGACAUGGGGGUGGAGGGUGAGUGGUGCGCUUCUCAUGUUGCAUUUCAGCAUCAUAUGGGCCGCAUGGCGGUGGGAUAAUUCGUGCGCAGCCCCUUGGCGCACAUGGUAG